UUCUCUGUCGGCUUCAAUCUAGCCGGAGUUUUGGAGACGGACCAUUUUGUGGCCAGACAGCAGGAGCUGGCAGAUAUACAUGCCGUUCUUUGCAGCAAAGACCACAAAGAUAGCCGAAGAACGGUUGUGCUUCAUGGCUUAGGUGGAAUUGGUAAGACGCAGCUGGCGGUCGCGUAUGCUAAACGUCACAAGACAGACUAUUCGGCCGUGUUCUGGCUAAAUAUCAAGGACCAAGACACUGUGAAGCAGAGCUAUAGCAGGAUGGCGAAAUGGAUUGGCCAGCAUUGCUCCACUGCUAGUCACCUCAAUUCGGUUGCGGAGGCGAGUAACGUAGAUGAUGUUGUAACCGCCGUUAAGCAAUGGCUGGAGCACCCCCAAAACACACGUUGGCUCAUGGUACUUGAUAACUACGACAACCCGAAGCUCCCGAACACAACAAACCCUGGCACGGUUGAUAUUCGUCAAUUUCUCCCGAACGCAGAUCACGGAUUGAUCCUCGUCACGACGAGAUCUUCGCAAGUGGUCAUCGGCCAUCGUAUUCAAGUGCGCAAGCUACAGGAUAUGAGCGAGAGCCUUCAGAUUCUGUGUGAUGCUUCGCGGCGAAAGGAUGCUUUGAACGCCGUCGCCCAAGAACUAGACGGACUCCCACUUGCCCUCGCAACUGCUGGCGCUUACCUUGAACAGGUGACAACCAGUUUCCGGGACUACCUUCGCCUGUACAAGGCCUCAUGGCUGAAGCUACACCAAACAACCCCAGAAUUGAGCUUUUACGAAGACCGGCAGCUGUACACGACAUGGCAACUAUCGUAUGAUCACAUAAAACAACAAAACGAGUUGUCAGCAAAGCUUCUCCAUCUAUGGGCUUAUUUCGACAACCAGGACCUGUGGUUUGAGCUCUUGAAAGAAGAACAAUCAGCUGGCCCAGAAUGGUUCCGUCAACUGACACAAGACGAGCUUAGUUUCAACCAAGCCAUGAGGGUGCUGUGCAACCAUGGAUUGGCAGAGGCAUACGGGCUGUCGGAUACAGACGACAUUGAAUCGCCAGGAUACAGUAUGCACAGCUGUGUCCAUGAAUGGACAAUCCAUGUGCUAAAUCACGAGCGGAGUACAGAUAUGGAAAGACUUGCUUUCAAUUGCACUAGCUCUCAUAUCCCAUCUAACGACAUCAAAGGCUUUUGGGUGACUCGACGAAGGCUUUUGCAACAUGCCUCUAAAUGUUGGUUGAGUAUCAAAGAAGGGAGAUUCGAACAAGACAGACGAACAUUCCAGAUAAUGAACAGUAUGGGCGAUCUAUUUACCCAACAAGGCAAACUCAACGAGGCUGAGAAGAUGUACGAGCGCGCGCUGCACGGUUUUGAAACAACACUUGGACCAGACGAGAUCGUUACAUUGAACACGUGCAGCCGCCUAGGAACUCUAUACAGCCAUCAGAAUAAACUCAACAAGGCGGAGGAGAUGUACCAGCGCGCACUGCAGGGUUACGAAAAGGGACCAGAACCAGGACAUAAGACAUCAAUUACGACAACCAACGAGUUAGGCAUUGUCUACUAUAACCAGGGGAGACUCGCCGAGGCAGAAGACACAUUUCUGCGCGCUUUGUAUAGCUUUGAGGACGCCGUUGGACCCAACCACCCCUUCACACUCGGUGUAGUCAAUAACCUGGGUAUGCUGUAUUCACGCCAAGAGCGCUUUAGUCUUGCAGAGCAAAUGUACACGCGGGCGCUGCACGGAAAUGAGCAAACACUUGGGAUUGAUCAUACUUCCAUUCUGGACACCGUCAACAAUCUAGGUGCCCUGUAUGCAAAUGACGGGCGGUAUAGCGAAGCAACAGAAAUGCUGUUGCGAGCGUUACACGGAACGGAAAAGACACUCGGGCCAGACCACACGUCUACAUUAAGUAUAGUGCAUAACUUGGGUGGGCUUUAUGUAAAACAGGAACGACUUGAUGAGGCAGAAGCAAUGUUUUUGCGCGCGUUGCACGGACAUGAGAAGGUACUCAGACUAGACCAUCCAUGUACACUGAGAACAGUGCAUAAUCUGGGUAUUGUCUAUAAACGCAUGGGGAGGAAGGAAGAAGUGCAGCAGCUCUAUGCGCGAUUUCCCAAAGCUUUUACGACAUUGUGUAGAAGCUAG